UCAGCUCACCUCUGCUCUGCUCCUCUCGCCUUCGCAUCCCCAACCAAGCAAACCGAAAAAGCAAAGCACCCCACCCCACCCCACCCCACCCAGUCAAGAAUCGCCACCGGCGGAAGCAAGCCAGGCAUCCCCCUCCCCCGCCCCAUCCCCCAGAUCGAUUCCGCCGCCCGCCCAUCCGUCCAUGGAUCCGUCAGCCGAGCCACCAGCAGCGGCAUGGCCACCAUGGACAUCUCUCCUCCUACGAGCACUAAGCCGGCGCCGGACCUGGGUAGUCCUCUUCCUAGCCGUAUACGCGGCGCUGCUCUCCUCCUCCUGGUCUCUCCUCGCCUCCGUCCGCGCCUGGUACUACUCCUCCGCCUCGUCCACCUCCUCCUCCGCCCCGGCGUGGCCCGCGGCGCUGUACGCCUCCGUCAUGUACGGCGCGGUGUUCGGGCUGCUCUCCAUGGGUGCCGCGCUGGCCGUGGCGGCGCCCGCCAUGCUCGUCACCUGGACCACCGUCCUCGUGCUGCUCGCCUUCGCGGGACGACCGCCCCGGUCGCUCGUCGCCGAGGGCCGACGCGCCACCAGGGACAUCGCGGGGCUCGCGCUCCGCGUCCUGCUGCGUGAGGGUAACGCCGUCGCCGCGCUCUGCGCUGCCGCCAGCUUCGUCGCGCUACUCCUCGGCCGCCGAGAUGUUGAGGACGAGUCGGCGACGACGCUUCCUAAUCAGUAGCUGUAGCUGUAGUUGCUGUCCUCUUCUUCUUCUUCUUCUCAAGCUAUAGAUUUGAGAUUUCCCCACCUCCACCCGACAGCCCUGUCCUUCUCCGUCGGGACCGCAGCCGCCUGCGCAAGCCAAGAUUGUGACAUGAUUUGGGGACGGGCUGGCUAGCGUCUCGGUGUGGUGUUUUCCGGCGGCCUCUCUUCUUGGUCUGCGCUGAUUUGUUUACUACUUGCUAGGUGUAAAUUAGUAUCACACCAAGUUGUUUCAGUUUCAGUUACUCCACAAAUUGGACAGUGAUGGCAUCUGUAAUGAAUGUAGCUUGUCUUUAGCUCUUGGCCAUGAAAUUGUCAUACACAGUACAAGAUACCGAGAUUGGUUCUUGUAACUAUGUGCCCAUGUUCAAAAGAUUGUUGGGAUGACAAAAUUGAUUUCAAGGCUAACUAACCUUGCAGAAAGCAUACUACAUCUGUUAUUGCUAGCACAACAGAUAUUGGAGUAGUGCUUUCUUUCAGAUGAUGUGAUCUUUUCUUAGGGAGAAUAUUGGCCUCUCUGGUGGAAGCCGUCUCGACGAAAUGGGCAUGCAUCUGUGAAGGUCCAGUUGGAGCCGGUUAUUACAGAUGAGAUUGUAUUGAGGACUUGAUGCAAGUGGCACUGGAUUGUUUCCCAUCGAGCAUAACUGGAAGAAUUUAAACAGAUGAGCGAGAGAUCUGUGAUGCAGAAAGAUCUGUGUUGGCUCUCUUCAGAAAUGCCAGAUUUUCUAAUGGUGCAGCUUUGUCAUUGUCCGAAAUUCUGAUAUUUAAGUAUUUUUAGUCAUCUGUUUUACUAGUGGAAGAAAUGGCAGAUGGCAUAAAUGAUUCAGUAAAGAUGCCUUGGAGAAGCUUAAGCUAGUGGUUAGUAGUACAGACUAGUUAACAUUAAGCCUUGUGGAAUCUGCUUUGGUUACAUUGUGUCACUUCAACCAUCUUGGUAAUCCCCAAGGUGCAAAAAACUCCCAGAGUUUGCAGCUUAUUAGUUCAGGGGUCUAUGCUGAGAACUGCCAAGAUGGUAGAGAGUUUGUCCUUGGCUUCUGGUGCUUCAGAAGACAUUGCAAAACCCUUCAGUGAUAUGGCGUCAUCUGUAGUAGAUUCUAGUUGCCAUGCUUAUUCGCAUUUUUGUGAAUUUGCAGGAUCAUUCAUAAAAAGUGGUUCACCACAGAUUAGAAGGUUUGCACUGGAGUCCAUGGAAUUGUGGGGACUGACCAAGGGGCAAGGGUUUCACAAGUCACAGCCAAUAUUCACGUACCCAUCCUGUCAAUUUUCAUUAGUCAAAGAUUCUUUUUUGGGAAUGAAUUGCUCAUCUGUUCAACAAUAUGACACAAGCCAAAGUGUGAGUUGAUGCCAGAUUCAGAGCAGACCCUAUGUCUCGGUGAUGAACUCUCAGCCUUAAUUGAGUCUCCAAAUUUCAACUCCUGAAAACAGAGCUGACAACACGAGAUAAGCCAUUGAACAAGUUGGAAGCAAAGAAACUGAUGAUACAAGCAUGCUGAUGAAGAACCGCAAGGUUAAUACUAGAAUAGAUCGGCUAUACAAGCAAAUUACGUGGUUGUAAGGUCUAUCUGUUUACUUAUCAAUUAUACAAAAUGGAAGCUAGUAGCUAACUAGCUAUAUGCUUCAGUAAUAGCUAUAUCUCUCAGGCACACUGACAUGUGAAUAGGGCAUGGUUUCUUGGUUCAUAUAGUUUCAGAGAACACGAAAACUCUUCUGGUUUCUGGUAGCUUUUUUGUUGUUUUGGCCAUUCAGUUUCAGCACUCACACUUAUCUA